AUGACAGUGUUGCUAGAGAGACACAAAUGGGCUCGCUGCAUAUUGCUUCUUACUGUCCUACCAGGCCUCUUCACCUAUGUGACGCUGACCAACUGGAUUCGAGCCAAUGAAUGUUGGUCCUUGUUCCGACACCCAAGUACUAUGAAAAGCAUGGAGGAGGAUCUCGCUACUACUACUACUACAAUUGACCCAACAAUAACUUCAAUUUCUUCCGAUAUUCUUCACUGUCGAAGUCGGAGAAUACGAUUGCCAUCGGAAAGCAAUCCCAGCAUUGUCCGACUCACGCAAAGUAUGAUGAACACGGAUGAUUAUGUGUAUGAUGAUAUUCCCACAAAUUGGGAACAAGUGUGGUUGUUUUCUGCGCCCAACAAACAGCAACAACGACAAGAAGACGGGACUUCUCCAUCAAAUGCAGCAGCGUCGACUACCAUCAACAAGUAUGGAUUCCGGUCCAACAAGAACAAGAACAAGCAAGAACAAUCUCAGCAGCAACAGAAGACGUCUCUGAUACCCUUUGCCACCUACUUGUUGGGAGCCAUUAACAUUGGUCUGUAUUGGGUCUAUUGGAACUAUCGAGUGGAUCCUGGUCGGAUUGUUCACAAUAUCGAGAUCCUCCAAGAUUAUGGAAGAGCCUUUACGUCCACCUUUGGUCACUUUGAAAUCUGGCACGUUGGAAUCAACAUGAUGACGCUCUUUAGUUUGGGACAAAUGUUGGAAGAGCAAAUAUAUGGAUCCAUUCCCUUUUUGAUGUAUACCGUUUCCUUUGUGCCACUGACGGCCAUUGUGGUGGUUCUCUUGCAACGUUUUACGACUCCCAAAUCAAUGGUGGGGUUCUCGGGAAUUCUCUUUGCCUGGAGUGUGGUGGCGACACUCUCCUCCUCGCAAUCCUGUCCGAUCAUGUUCCUGCCAGACUUUUGUUUUAGUACCUUUCAGUUGUUUGGAGCCGUACCCAUCAGUUUGGGUCCUCUGGUCCAGUUGGUAGUUUUGCAAGUGGUCUUGCCGCGGGUCUCGUUUGUCGGGCACUUGUCGGGGAUUCUGGUGGGGUUUGUGUGGCAUUGGACUCUCUUGCCACCGUUGGAGUGGUUGCAACCAACCAUUUUGUUUCCCAUUCUUUGGAGUAUUGGAAAACUAGUGCUCCCUCGCUUUCCCUCUUGGGAUGUUAUCAUCACGCCGGUUGCGAGUAGUAAUAUUACUACUAGUAGAGGUGGAGGAAUCAGUGGAGGAUACACUGUGGGUGGUGGUGCUGCUGGUUCCGAGGCUAGAGGAGUGACCCCCUUGAUAUGGAUUCGCAACGCUUUGUUUGCACACUGCUGUAUAUUGGCUUUGAUCGUUGAGGGUGUGUGGAACAGUACCAUCAUGAGCCAAGUCUUGCUGAUUUUGAUACUGGCCUGUAUUGCCAACGCCCGCAAGACCAGCAAUAACAAUGGCGAUACCAGCAAUAUCUAUACAGAUUGGGCCAUGAUGGGACGGGGGUACAUUAUCUUUGUUGCCGUUACACUCAUUACGGAUGCAAUGACGGUGAUGGGUUGGUUCUGUCUUUCUCAAAGCAUCACUGGCUUGGUGGCAUGUGGUAUGGUCCUUCGGUUUGUGUUGCUGUACUCGAGUCUCUGCAUAAUGUGUCACAUGCUAUACGUUGCCAACCAAACGCUUACUGGAAGCAUUUGGUUCCAUGCUUGCAACUGGCUGAUUCUAGAAUCCUGUCACCCAAUUGGUGGUUGGCUACUCUCCCAUCUGGAGCGAUUGGGUUCCUCUGGCACAAUGUCAUCAUCCAACAGCAGCAGAGGCGGGGCGACGACUCGAUAUUCACGGCUAGUGACAACGCCUCCCGCAUCGCCAGUGAAACUAAAUCACGAGCCAGCACAAGUUUCCAACAUUGUCUAG